CAUUUGUAUAGGGAUGACAUUCAGUGGGCCCUUCAUUUGAGGGCAGAUUCAUCGCCACAGUUUUCCAGAGAUUAUUUGGUGACAGAAGUGGACUAUGUUUCUUUGGAAAAUGUUUACUCGUUGACUCCCGCAAGUGUGUUGCAAUCUCUGAGUUGGAAAACACGGGUGUUGCCCGUGCAAGUUCUGGGGCGGAAAGCAACCAGCACGGCAUUCAAGUUUCGAGCGCUUCUGCGUAGCAUCCAUCUUGAAACCGGAAAUGUUGAUCUGGCGAAAUUUCGAACAUGCAGCUUUCUAAACGACAUGGGGGUGGAAUCGAAAUUGGCAUUGCUACCGGAUAUUGAUUCUGAUCCAAACCGUCGUGCUUUUCCCCGUACUUUGCCUUUGCAUGAUGUGGAUCAUGCACUACACCAUGUGAUGGAAGAAUUACGGGAAUGUUGGAAAACUGAAAUGUUUGCUUUGUUUGACAAACAAUUGAACACGUUGGCCAAAUAUUUUUCAAAAGCUGACAGUUGCGAGAGAUUCCGAAAGCAUUUUGUUUACGACAACCCGAAAGUAGAAGGGGAUGCCCGCAAAAAAAGCAUUGGCAAAAUGUUUGAAACCUGCUGCCCAAGCUUUGUGAAGAAUCGGUGGCAAUAUCGGUAUGAAGUUUUGACUUGGGUCAUUCACCGGGCCGGUUUUUUGACAUGGCUCGAUCCUACCUCACUCAGUGGCCGUGGCCCAGAGGAUUCUGGAGAUCCUGAGUACAGUUUUUCCGAUGCUGAAAUCAAAUGCCUUGAGCUUCUGUUCAAUGACAAGGUCGACAAAGAGAGGUUGAAAAAGGAGACAGGGUCAUCGACUUGCAAGUGGAACGGCAGAAGGUUGAUUGAAUUUGCAUCAACUGGCCCCAUGCCUUUCCUGCAGGCGCUGAGGCAAACUUCUAUGGAACAAAACCCAGCAGCAUUAGCUGCCAUCCGUGCUUUGCGUGAUCUUGGGGGGGAUGCUGGUGGUGUUCUCGAAGGCUUUGCUACAGCAAAGCGGAUGCUUGAAGGACGUUUCAAACAAUAUACCUCCUUCCUGUCCCAGAGCCCGUGGAACCUAGUUGCAUUGUUGGGGUAUCUGUUACCUUCUCAAGAUGCAAGCGCAGAGAUCCACAAAAGCAGAACUUUGGCCCUGAAACUAUUAAAGGAUCAUGAUGCUGGUCGGCUGGGAAAUACGGGUGAUGUUGGGCAAGAGUUUUUCAAAGCCCGGGGGAAAUACCGCAUUGGAUUGGAGAGAUGGGGACGUGGCAUCGACCCUUACAUGAACCAACAACUCUUUCGGGAACUUGUUGCUUACUCCUCAAGCCUGUUGGUGAUGCAAAGGCUAGAAGCGAAGCAUCAUCUGAUACACGUUGCUAUACUUUUUAGUAAGUGUGGUUUUGUUUGUUUGCUGGGUUUCCAACAAUUUUGUGCUCACUUGAUAGAUAGAGGUUUAAAAAGCACUAGGGCACGCAGUAAAAGUUAG